AUGAGCUCACACAUCAAAUUUGAUUCUGAAAUUCCACCUUUGGCAACAAAAAAUAAGAAUAACCUCACAGACACACCUUUAGAUAAACCAGUUUCAAAAAAAGAACAAAAAUAUAACAAUGAUUAUAAUUCCGACAGCAGUAGCAAUGAUGAUGAAGCACCUGAAGAAGAAGGCUUAUCCGAAUCUGCAAAAAAAAUUGAAGAAAACUUGAAAAAACAAGAAGAAGCCCUUAUACAAGAAAAAGGUAAGUUAAAAGCUAAAAGGAAAGCCCAGACAUUAAAGUUUCAAGAGCAACAAAAACUAAAGCAACAGAGAUUGGAAUUAGAGAAGGCCAAACUUUUAGAAUUUGAAAAACAAUUAAAAUUAAGAGAACAACAAGAGGAUGAAUCCAAACAGAAAAUCCAAGCCUUACAAGAAUUACCACAAGAGCUUUUUGAUAAUUUGGAAAAUGAUGAACAAUCACAGAAAAAAGAAAACCAAGUACCAAAACAUAUUAACUUUAACGAUCCAGAGUCUCUACUACUAGAGAAAAAUGAUUGGUCAGAAAACAAAAAAUCAAUUCUAAAUGAAAAAAGGAAAACCCUGAAAAAAUUAAGAAAAACACAGAUUACUAAAAAUGGUUUCAUUGUUUCGAAAUUGUCUACUAAAUCCACAUUAAAGUUUGCACCUAAAUCAGAAAAAAAAGUGCUAAGUGUUAGAGAUAAAUGGUUAAGAAGAAAAAUUACCAACAGAAAAUAA